AUUUAUUCCACUCCAAUUAUUGGCUUCAAUCCGCCCCUGACCGCCGAUCAGGAACGUUGAACUAGGAAAGUUUCUUCUGCAUCUUUUCUGGAAACCAGCAUUGAGCGAUUGGUCAUAGCACGUCUCUCUGCGUCUUGGAUCAUCCAGGGAUCGGUUAAUCCAGACAGGUACUUUUCUGGAUUCUAUCGAAGACUUCCGAUCGAAGCACCCACAGAAAAGAAAGCGAUCGCGACGACGCAUCUCGCGAAACCCCGGUGGGAAACCCAGGGAUCGGCGGGCGGGCUUCUUGUGCGUGCUCAUAGUCAUGGUCAGAUCCGAUCCCUUACCGCGAUACUCCAUCGGGAUCAGCUUUGUCCGGGCAGGCUUCUCGGAUUGUUGCUGAAGCAAGGAAGGAGGGAAAGCUAGCGCAAGCGACUGCCCCACACACAGCACCGUACGUGUUCUCUUCUCCUAGCUAGCAGCAGCUUUCCUCUCUCGUUCAUGCAUCUCCAUGGAUAUAUAUAUAUAAGACAGACAGAUCCUCGCCGGUAGGGGUCGUCGGCUAUCGUGUACCUUGUGUUGGCCUCCGAUCCACAAGAAGCUAGAGCUAGUAUCGAGAGGCCAGGGGCAGGCUAGGCGGCGCGCGGAAGAGCAUGUGGUCGUCGGAGAUGGGUCGAAGAAGCCGCCGAACGAACGGCAUGGUGGCAGAGCCGCAGACGACGCAGCUGCUGCUGCACGGGGUGAUCGAGGCCACCAUCCUGGAGGCCGACCUGUCCGUCACCACAGACGGCAAGCUGCAGCCGACCAAGAAGACUCUGAUGAAGAAGAAGGUCUUCUCAUGGAUCAGGAAGCUGACAUUCUGCAGAAACCAGCAACAGCUGGAGAACGCCAUCGGUCUCGGCACGGACGGCAAGCUGUACGCGACGGUGGACAUCGACAAGGCGCGCGUGGGGCGGACGCGCAUGGUGCCCCCCGUCCACUCCCCCAUGUGGGACGAGUCCUUCCACCUCUACUGCGCGCACGACGCCAGCAACAUCAUCUUCACCGUCAAGGCCGACAACGCCAUCGGCGCCACGCUCAUCGGCCGCGCUUACCUGCCCACGGAGGGCGUCGUCGCCGGCCGGAAGGUGGACCUGUGGCUCCCCAUCCGCGACGAGAAGCGCCAGCCGCUGGAAGGCGGUGACCAGAUACACGUCCAGGUCCAGUUCACCGACGUCGCCGCGGACCCGACCGCCGGCUGGGGCGCCGGGAUCGGCAGCGCGGCGUACGGCGGCGUGCCCUACACCUUCUUCAAGCAGCGCCGCGGAUGCCGGGUGCGGCUGUACGAGGACGCGCACGUGGCCGGCGACUUCGCGCCGCGCGUCCGGCUCGCGGACGGCAGCUUCUACGAGCCGCGCCGGUGCUGGGUGGACGUGUUCGACGCAAUCAACCGGGCCCGGAGGAUGGUGUACAUCGCCGGAUGGUCCGUGAACACCGACGUGGUGCUGGUGCGCGACCCGCGGGAACCGUCGGCGUCGUCCGAGAGUCUCGGCGAGCUGCUCAUCCGGAAGGCCGACGAGGGCGUCGCGGUGCUGAUGCUGGUGUGGGACGACCGCACCUCGGUGGGGCUCGGCCCCAUCAAGCGCGACGGGCUGAUGGCCACGCACGACCAGGACACGGCGAGCUUCUUCCGCGACACGCGCGUGCAGUGCGUGCUCUGCCCGCGCAACCCCGACAAGGACCGGAGCUACGUGCAGGACAUCGAGACGGCCACCAUGUUCACACACCACCAAAAGACGGUGAUCGUCGACGGCGGCGGCGCGCCGGCGCCGGAGACGCCGCCGGGCCUCGUGAGCUUCCUCGGCGGCAUCGACCUGUGCGACGGGAGGUACGACACGCAGGACCACCCGCUGUUCCGCACGCUGGGCACCACGCACAGCAAGGACUUCCACCAGCCCAACUUCCCCGGCGCGUCCAUCAGCAAGGGCGGGCCGAGGGAGCCGUGGCACGACAUCCACUGCCGCGUGGAGGGGCCCGCGGCGUGGGACGUGCUGGAGAACUUCGAGCAGAGGUGGAAGAAGCAGGGCAAGGGGGACAACCUCCUGGUGGCGCUGAACAAGGCGUGGGCGGAGCGCGAGGCGGCCCCGCGGGGCGACGCCGAGUCGUGGAACGUGCAGGUGUUCCGGUCCAUCGACGGCGGCGCGGCGGCGGGGUUCCCGGAGGGCUCCGCGAACGCGCCCCGGGAGGCGGCGGCGCUCGGGCUGGUGAGCGGCAAGGACCACGUGAUCGAGCGCAGCAUCCAGGACGCGUACAUCCACGCCAUCCGGCGGGCGCGGGACUUCAUCUACAUCGAGAACCAGUACUUCCUGGGGAGCUCCUACGCGUGGCGGCAGAACGACGGCGUGACGGUGGAGGACAUCAACGCGCUGCACCUCAUCCCCAAGGAGCUGUCGCUCAAGAUCGUGAGCAAGAUCGAGGCCGGCGAGCGGUUCGUCGUGUACGUGGUGGUGCCGCUGUGGCCGGAGGGCGUGCCGGAGAGCGGCUCCGUGCAGGCCAUCCUGGAUUGGCAGCGCCGCACCAUGGAGAUGAUGUAUAAGGACGUGACGCUGGCCAUCCGCGCCAGGGGGCUCCGGGCCGACCCCAGGGACUACCUCACCUUCUUCUGCCUCGGCAACCGCGAGGCGCCGAGCCCCGGCGAGUACGUGCCGCCGGAGCACCCGGACCCCAACACCGACUACGAGAGGGCGCAGCAGGCCAGGCGCUUCAUGAUCUACGUCCACGCCAAGACCAUGAUAGUGGACGAUGAGUACAUCAUCGUGGGCUCGGCGAACAUCAACCAGCGCUCCAUGGACGGCGGCCGCGACACGGAGAUCGCGAUGGGCGCGUACCAGCCGGGCUACCUGGCGACCAGGAACCGGCCGGCGAAGGGGCAGGUCCACGGCUUCCGGGUCUCCCUGUGGCAGGAGCACCUGGGCGAGGCGGCGGCGGCGGGAAUGGGCGACGAUCUCUUCCGUCCGUCGAGCCUGGCUUGCGUGCGCCGGAUGAACCAGGUGGCCAAGCAGCACUGGGACAUGUUCGCGAGCGACGCGUUCCAGGGCGACCUCCCGGGCCACCUCAUGGCGUACCCGGUCAGCGUGCUCGACGACGACGACGGCCGGGUCGUGGCCACGACGGAAACCUUCCCGGACACCAACGCCAAGGUGCUCGGCAACAAGUCCGACAUCCUCCCGCCCAUCCUCACCACAUGAUUUAAUCAUCGUCGAUUGUAUUCACCGCCACGCCGUGGGAAUGUGUACACAAGCGAGAGAAGCAUGCAUGUUUAAAAAGCUGAAAUGUGAUUCAUAUGUCAAACAAAAACAGAAUAAUUUAAAAGCUUAAAUGUGAUUCAUCAUCCUUUCCGAAUAAA